AUGUUUUAUAAUUGUUCAUCACCGUGGUUUGGCACGCUUUGUCAAUAUCGAUUCAAUCAUAAUGUAUCUUUAUCAUUCCGCGACAUAAUUGAGAAUACUUUUACAAUUUAUCGGUAUAAUAUUAGUGAUGUCGCUCAUGGAACAUGUUAUCGAUUUUUACCCAAUUGUAACAAAGAACCAUGGCCAAUGUGUCUUGACUGGCGUCAGAUUUGUGACGGACUAUUCGAUUGCGAUAAUGGAGAAGAUGAACAAUGGUGUGAACAAUUAGAAAUAUCUGAAUGUAAUCAAGACGAAUUUCGAUGUCGCUAUGGUGGUCAAUGUAUUCCAUUAGCAUUUAUAAAUGAAAACAGUGGGUCACACGAUUGUCUCGAUACCACUGACGAGAAACUAUCAAUACUGCUUAUAGGUGGAGACACUGACUGUUGGUCAAAUCCAACAUUUAAAUGCCAAGAAGUUAUUAGUCGUUAUUCCACUAUUUUUCAAUGUGGUGACGGUCAAUCUUUGUAUGAACGUCCAAUACCGACUAUUGAGACUUACUGUACCAAUCUUCGAGACAGAGAAUUUACUCGAAUUAUGCUCACAUCAUUGAAUCAUAUCGAAGGCAACAAUUGUCAACAAGCGCUUGACUGCGCACUUCGACUUCGACAAACAUUUGAUCAAAGCACGCUUCAAUCAACUGUCGGCUCUCACGAAUUGAUGAAUAUAGCAUUCUGGUAUAUAAACUGUAAGCCUUUAGAUAGACUAAGCAGUAAUAUACAAUAUUAUUCAACGGGAGAGUACCUCUCAAAUGAAAAUUGUGAACCCUUAUCUAAAUAUUGUACGUCUCCAUGGUUGCUGCUACCUUCUCGUCCGAUUUUUCUUGAUUUUUUUCAAUUUGUUUACUUAACCAAUCGAUCAGUUGAUACGUUCAAAGAUAAUGUUACACCAGAUUUCGUGUGUUUGAGCCCGACAAGAUGUCUCUGGCUGGUCACAUAUGUGACUCCUACAACGACUAUCAAUGGAUUAACAUGCUAUGACCUUUGGAGUCUGACUGGAGAAAAGACAAUGAAACAUUUCUAUGAUGGUGUUCGCCUACUUUCUGCAAUUCGUGACACGUGCUUAAAAAAGAAUAUUGAGAAAUCGUGUGUGAAUUCGUCUUAUUUUCAUUGUAAUCGAUCAAUGAAAUGUAUCUCAAAACAUCGUGUGCGAGAUGGUCGAUUCGAUUGUUAUUAUCAUGAAGAUGAAUUAAUUGAUACUUUUCAAGAGAAACAGUUAGUUUCACAAUGGAAACCGAUAUCUGAUAUCUUUCCAAAAUUGUGUAAUUCUGUCGAUAUCAAUAUCUUUGAUUUUCUUCAAGGCUUAGAAACUGACGAGACAAACUGUGAUUGGUGGCCCUGUGCGACUCCAUACACACGCUGUAACUCGUACUUUGAAUGUGCAGAUGGAAGUGAUGAACUCAAUUGUCCCGACUCAACCUGUUCUUUCGAUGAAUAUGAAUGUCAAAUUGAACCUCAUGGAGAAUCGAUUUGCUUAUCUAGAAAACACCUAUACGACAAAUACAUUGAUUGUAACAAUAGUAGUGCAAGUCGUGAAAUAUACUUUUAUAAUGAGACAUCGAACAUUGCAGAACAAUACCUAUCAUGGCAAAUUGUUAAAUGUAUCAGUUAUAAUGCAAUUUGUGGUGUAAAAUAUGAUUCUAGGACGACAGCAGCAUCAGAAAACAUCUGCAUGGUUGGAAAAAAACUGUUUUCUCUUCCCUUUCCAAGAAACGUAAGAAAAUUGGAGACGAACACCCAUCUGUGUUUUUUCAAAAGAUUCACUGAAAAACCAUCAAUUGCAUAUCUAACAAGCAAGCACUUCGGUUAUUAUCCAGCUCUAUCAAUGAAUGUAUCUCUAGAAACAACUUCGAAAACGAAUCAUAGUCUGCAAAUUACUACUUCAGUAGAUCAAGAUUUGGCAGUGACUUGUGAUCGAAGAUUCCAGUUAUACUGUUUUCGUGGGAUUCUUAUACUUCGAGGAUUAAAUAGAACAAAACAAUGGUUAUGUCCAGCAAAUUAUUUUGGUUCACGAUGUCAAUGGCAAAAUCAACGUAUUAGUUUAACACUUCAAUUUCGGCGAGACUUAAUCAUACCACCUUCUACUAUAUUUCAAAUUAUCAUUAUACUCAUCGACAAGGAUGGAUUUAUUACACCAUAUCAUGAACAGAUUUUUUAUGUACCAAUUCGUGACUGCUUAAAUAAAUAUGACGUGUAUUUACUUUAUCCUGAACGACCAAAAUCUUCAUCGAAUAAUUAUUCCAUUCGAAUUGAUUUAUAUGAAAGAAACGCUCUAGCUUACUGGGGUAGCUGGCAUUUGUCAAUACCAUUCCAGUUUCUACCUGUAAAUCGAAUUGCUGCUCAGUUACAUAUUUCUCGCGAAUCGAACAAACAAAUGACAUGUACUCUUCCGUGCGGAAAACAUGGUCAAUGUAUGCACUAUAUGAAUAAAAACUCGUCAUUUUUCUGUCGUUGUGAUCAAGGAUACUCUGGCAUUUAUUGUAACAUUACCCAUCAAUGUAACUGCGCGAAAGAUGCGAUUUGUCUUAGUCCAUCAAUAUGUGUUUGUCGUCUGUAUAAAUUCGGCUCACGUUGUUACUUGAAACAUCCGAGUUGUCAAUCCUCAGACAAUCCAUGCCAACUCAAUGGACUUUGUGUUCCGUAUGAUGAUCGGAUAAGUUUAACCAGAUUUGAUUGUUUAUGUACAGACGGAUAUAUCAGUGAACGAUGUCAAGAUGGAAAUACACGGAUUGUCAUUCGUUUGAACGAGAUGCUUAAGUAUGAAACUUCAUUUGUCUACAUCGAUACAAUUAAAGCGAAUGAAUAUUCUUUACAUGAUCGAUAUAUUUUAUUGAAAAAGAUUCCUUUUGGUCAAACAAGUUUAGCUUUUCAUGUACCAAUACAGUUCAAUGUCCUUUUUAUUAAAAUACCUCAUUAUCAUUAUUAUUUAGGAGUUCUUCGUGAGACUCAUAUACCUUUGGAAAGCAUUUCUGUAGAAAUUCAAGCGGAAAAUCGUUGUCCUCAUAUAAGAGAACUUCUUAAUGAUACAUUUUUACAAUACGCACCUCUUCGACGAGUGAAGUUUUAUCCAUUGUUAUGCCGAGAACAUCUUCAAAUGAAAUGCUUUUAUGACGAUAGUGAAAGUUUAAUGUGUAUUUGCGAUCUUGAUCGUUUUUCGAGUUGUUUUGCUCUUAACAAAACAGAAAACAAUGAUUGCGAUGGUCGUAGUAUUUGUGAAAAUGGUGGUCAAUGCUUUCAAGAUCGCAAUUUAUGCCCAAAGGACUUCUUUUGUAUCUGUCAAGACUGCUUUUAUGGUCAACGAUGUCAAUAUUCGACUUCAAGUUAUAUGUUUUCAUUUGAUCCCAUACUUGGAUAUCAUAUUCAGCCGAAUGUUUCUGUUCAUAGACAGCCAUUAAUUAUUCAAAUUAGUCUCGCGAUCGUAACGAUUAUGUGUAUCAUUGGGAUUAGUAACGGAUGCUUAUCAAUGAUAACAUUUGGGCGAGAAAAACCAAGACAAAUAGGAACUGGUAAUUAUCUUUUGGUUUCAUCGAUUGGGUCAAUAAUGAUGGUCACUGUUCUAAUAUAUAAGUUUUGGUUUUUGAUUGUCUCUCAAAUUUCAAGAGGAAACGAUCGAACGACUCUUCGUAUUCAUUGUAUCUUACUCGAUUUUCUGCUAAAAGUUUUCUUGGCAAUGAACGAAUGGCUAAAUGCUUGUGUCGCAAUUGAACGAGCAAUCAGUGUGAAACUGAGUAGUAGUUUCAACAAAACAAAGAGUAAAACAAUGUCGAAAUGGGUAUUGAUAGGCGUAUUUAUACUGAUUGUUUCAACACAUAUUCAUGAUCCUGUUCAUCGUGAUUUAGCUGACGACACGGAUAUUGAUCAGCUAAGAACUUGGUGUUUAGCCCAGUAUUCAAAUUCGAUGACUAUUUAUAACUCAUUCAUAACAAUAUUUCAUGUUUUAAUGCCGUUUGGAAUUAAUAUUCUUUCCGCUAUUUGGUUAAUUAUAAGCUUAGCUCGAAGUCGAGCAGCUGUUCAACACGAUCAAUCCUAUAGACAACAUAUCAAAGCUCAAUUUGAUCAACAUCGACAUAUAUUAAUCGCACCAUGCUUAUUAAUUAUAUUAAGUUUACCGAGAGUAGUUAUCUCGUUUCUAAGUGGAUGCAUGAGAUCAGCACGUCGACCAUGGAUACAUCUUAUAGGAUAUUUUCUGUCAUUUGUUCCGUCGAUGUUAACAUUCAUCGUUUUUAUACUACCAUCGAAAUUUUACAUAGAUGAAUUUCACGCAGCAUUGAGAGAUAUCAAGAAGAAACUGCAUAAAAUAUGUCAACGAGCUUAA